GCCCGGCCGCUGGCUGCGCUAGGAGCCUCGGCCGCCGGUCGCCGAGGGCUGGUGGGAAGGCAGGAGCGAGAGGGCCCGGGAGACUGGCGCCCGCGCGGCCGCAGCGCGGCAUGUAGCUGCGGGCGCCCGCGUGUGGGUGUCGGCCCGGGGCCCCGCCAUGGCUGGGAAGGACAGUGGGCACCUGAAGACGGUGAGGCUGUGGCGGGACGCCGCCCUGCGCGCCAGAAAGCUGCGGACCAACCUGCGCCAGCUCACGCUCAGCGCGGCCGGGGGCUGCCCGGGGGCGGGCGCCGAGCAGCUCGACUGCCCCGAAGCCCCCCAGCUCGUGCUGCCGGCCAACAUCGGGGACAUUGAGGUGCUGAACCUGGGGAACAACGGCCUGGAGGAGGUGCCCGACGGGCUGGGCUCGGCGCUGGGCAGCCUGCGCGUCCUGGUCCUGCGCAGGAACCGCUUCGCCCGGCUGCCCCCGGCCGUGGCCGAGUUGGGCCAGCACCUCACCGAGCUGGACGUGAGCCACAACCGGCUGACCGCCCUGGGCGCGGAGGUGGUGAGUGCCCUGCGGGAGCUGCGCAAGCUCAACCUCAGCCACAACCAGCUGCCCGCCCUGCCCGCCCAGCUGGGUGCCCUGGCGCACCUGGAGGAGCUGGAUGUCAGCUUUAACCGGCUGGCACACCUGCCCGACUCCCUCUCCUGCCUCUUCCGCCUGCGCACGCUCGACGUGGACCACAACCGGCUCACUGCUUUUCCCCGGCAGCUGCUGCAGCUGGCGGCCCUGGAGGAGUUGGACGUGUCCGGCAACCGGCUGCGGGGCCUGCCUGAGGAUAUCAGUGCCCUGCGCGCCGUCAAGAUCCUCUGGCUGAGUGGCGCCGAGCUUGGCACCCUGCCCAGUGGCUUCUGCGAGCUGGCCAGCCUCGAGAGCCUCAUGCUAGACAACAACGGGCUGCAGGCGCUGCCCGCCCAGUUCAGCCGCCUGCAGCGACUGAAAAUGCUCAACCUCUCCUCCAACCUGUUUGAGGAGUUCCCUGCCGCGCUGCUGCCCCUGGCUGGUCUGGAGGAGCUCUACCUUAGUCGCAACCAGCUCACCUCGGUGCCAUCCCUGAUCUCGGGCCUGGGCCGGCUGCUCACCCUCUGGCUGGAUAACAACCGGAUCCGCUACCUGCCCGACUCCAUCGUGGAGCUGACCGGCCUGGAGGAGCUGGUGCUGCAAGGGAACCAGAUCGCCGUGCUGCCAGACAACUUUGGCCAGCUCUCCAGGGUGGGCCUGUGGAAGAUCAAGGACAACCCGCUGAUCCAGCCCCCCUACGAGGUCUGCAUGAAGGGGAUCCCCUACAUCGCUGCCUACCAGAAGGAGUUGGCCCAUUCCCAGCCUGCCGUGCAGCCCCGCCUCAAGCUGCUGCUGAUGGGCCACAAGGCUGCUGGGAAGACCUUGCUCCGUCACUGCCUCACUGAGGAGAGAGUGGAGGGACACCAAGGAGGAGGGGACAAGGAAAAGAGCUACCCCCCUUCCGCUCCUCCUGUGAGCAAAGGCAUCGAGGUGACCAGCUGGACGGCCGAUGCUUCCCGGGGACUGCGGUUCAUCGUGUAUGAUUUAGCUGGUGAUGAGAGUUACGAGGUGAUCCAGCCCUUCUUCCUCUCCCCAGGAGCCCUCUACGUGCUGGUGGUGAACCUGGCCACCUAUGAGCCAGCCCGCUUUCCCACCACCGUGGGCUCCUUCUUGCAUCGGGUGGGGGCCCGCGUGCCCCAUGCCGUGGUGUGCAUCGUGGGCACGCACGCAGACCUGUGUGGGGAGCGGGAGCUGGAGGAGAAGUGCCUGGACAUCCACCGCCAGAUCGCCCUGCAGGAGAAGCAUGACGCAGAGGGGCUGAGCCGGUUGGCCCGGGUGGUGGACGAGGCACUGGCCCGGGACUUUGAGCUGCGCUCUGCCAGCCCCCAUGCAGCCUACUAUGGGGUUUCAGACAAGAACCUUCGGCGGCGCAAGGCCCAUUUUCAGUACCUGCUCAACCACCGGCUGCAGAUCCUCUCCCCGGUGUUGCCUGUUAGCUGUAGGGACCCUCGCCAGUUACAGCGGCUUCGGGACAAACUGCUCUCGGUAGCGGAGCACAGGGAGAUCUUCCCCAAUUUACACAGAGUACUGCCUCGAUCCUGGCAGGUGCUGGAGGAACUGCACUUCCAGCCGCCUCAGGCACAGCGACUGUGGCUCAGCUGGUGGGACUCGGCCCGCCUGGGCCUGCAGGCGGGUCUGACCGAGGACCGGCUGCAGAGUGCCCUUUCUUACCUGCACGAGAGCGGCAAGCUGCUCUACUUUGAGGACAGCCCCGCCCUCAAGGAGCACGUCUUCCACAACCUCACCCGCCUCAUUGACAUCCUCAAUGUCUUUUUCCAGAGGGAUCCUUCCUUGCUGCUGCACAAGCUGCUCCUAGGGACCAGCGGUGAGGGCGAGGGCGAGGGCGAGGGCGAAAGCACCCCAGCGAUGGCGACGCCCACCCCGGGCCAGGAACUGCUCCGGGCCACCCAGCUCCAUCAUUACGUGGAGGGCUUUCUGCUUCACGGGCUCUUGCCAGCCCACGUCAUUCGCUUGCUGCUGAAGCCUCACGUCCAGGCCCCGCAGGACUUGCAGCUGUUGCUGGAGCUGCUGGAGAAGAUGGGACUCUGUUACUGCCUCAAUAAACCCAAGGGCAAGCCCUUGAAUGGGUCCACGGCUUGGUACAAGUUCCCGUGCUACGUGCAGAACGAGGUGCCCCAUGCAGAGGCCUGGAUUAAUGGGACCAACCUGGCCGGGCAGUCUUUCGUGGCUGAGCAGUUGCAGAUCGAAUAUAGUUUCCCCUUUACCUUUCCACCCGGCCUGUUCGCACGCUACAGCGUCCAGAUCAACAGCCAUGUGGUGCACAGGUCGGAUGGGAAACUUCAGAUCUUUGCAUAUCGAGGGAAGGUUCCUGUGGUGGUCAGUUACAGACCUGCCAGGGGGGUCCUGCAGCCAGACACUCUGUCCAUUGCCAGCCACGCAUCCUUACCAAAUAUAUGGACGGCAUGGCAAGCCAUAACCCCCUUGGUAGAGGAACUGAAUGUCCUACUUCAGGAAUGGCCUGGACUGCACUACACCGUGCACAUUCUCUGUUCUAAGUGCCUUAAGAGAGGGUCGCCCAAUCCACACGCUUUCCCAGGGGAGUUGCUGAGUCAGCCCAGACCAGAAGGAGUGGCAGAGAUCAUUUGCCCUAAGAACGGCAGCGAGCGAGUGAAUGUUGCCUUGGUUUACCCACCUACACCGACUGUGAUCAGCCCCUGUUCUAAGAAGAACGUUGGUGAAAAGCACAGAAACCAAUGACUUCUAUGGCUAUGGAAUUUCCGUGGAGAAAAGAGAGCAUCCGAACUCACCUGGACCAUCUUUCAUACCUGGCAAACCCUCUCCAUGCUCCCGCGCAUGUUCCAUGAACUUGAGCGAAUAGACGUUCGGGGUGCUCGCAGAGCAGGGCGUACAGCUGGCCUGUAGAGGAAGUGGGGAGGGGCAGGGGGAGACUGGGGGAGAACGUGGAGCAAAUGUUUUACAACCCGAACCUCAGAACUGUGAUCCUCCGAGGAGAGCGCUACUUGAAGAAAAGAAAAAAAAAAAAGUCGAAUGGCUUCUCAGGGAUUUUGUUUUCUGUGCACAUAAAAGCCAUAGUUCCAGUAUAGGUGGCCGUGUUUUGAGCACUCAGAUUUCAGUUCUGUUAAAUGUGAAAGAGGGAUCGAUUGACCGUUCAUUGCUGUUCCGUAACUAGUGUAAAAUAUGUAUAUGUUUAUCUUUAUUUUUAUAAUAUGCAAAUACAUUUAAAUUUAUACAGUUUGAUGCUUCUAGCGUUAGUUCACACUGGGUGCAAUAUUCUGCAUGAGAACUGUGCCGAGAUGGGGCUAAUUUCUUAUUUUAGCGUAAGACCUUUUUGUUCAGUCUUUAUUCUUCAAUCCGUCUGAGAUUUAAAAAAAAAUCUCUCUGCCCACGGAUUAAGUGCUGGGGUCAUAGAGGCUGCCGAUAAUCAGCAAGAACCUUAAACGUGUACGGCAGGCAGUCUCCUCCCCUUCUUUUAAAUAAAGGUCCCCCGCCUGUCAGCCUGUUUGUUGGGCGGGCUGGUGGGAUUCCUCUGUCCCCCUGCCCGCCUGUCCACUAGCACUGGGCCGAGUGGGCCUUGCUCCAGGCUGGGUUUCAUGUCGACAGUGAGUUGUCACUGGCUGAUGUGCUGAUGGAGGCCUGGUGUUGGGAUUCUUCAGGGGACAGGGACAGAGAGGGGUCAGUGAGUCCGUGGAAAACCUGAGUCUUUCAAUAGCUCAAGAUAAUCAGGAGUCAGUUGUGAAUGGUGCAAAGAGCUUUGCUAACAAGUCCUUUUUUCUCUCUCUCUACAACAGAGUCUGUGAAAUUUAGCAGAGCACUCUGCCAGCCCUCCACAUCUGGCUGUCAGACCUUAAGAUAGUGAGUUGCCUCACUGGAGAGCAUAAUCCCACAUUGGUUAUUUACAAAUGCAGAGCCUUGAUAGGAUGGUCACCUGCCAAGAACUAGUAAAACCAUUGUUGUUCAGUCUCCACAGAGUGGAACAUGAAAAGCAAAGCAGAUUGCUCUCUCAUCCACUCCGAAUCGGGGCCAAACGUAUCUGCUGCAGUAGUAACACAUUCUUUGAAGAAUGGAAAGGACUCUGUUUACAGCUGCCUCCUCUGCGUGUUGAUGGAAAAAUGUGUAAAACAAACUGUUUCUCACCAGUGUAAGGCAUGAAAAGUGAGUCAGCUGGUAUUAUUCUCUUCCUUCUUUUAUAAAGUAUUGACUCUUGCAAUGCCAGUAUACAAAGUCUCGACGUAUUUUUAAAAGGAAUAACAAACUAGCAAGUGGUUGAAUUGUGAACAAUCCCGAGUUGAUUUUCGUAGAUUUUGUGCCCCAGGAGUUGAGACUCCAGAACCUCAGUUAAACGAGUAUGAUUUCUCACGGCCAUAAAAUCAAAUGGGAUCAGACUAUUUCUGCAUUUUUGGAUACUUGAAUAUGACACCUCAAUUUUGAGAUUUCAUUUCCUUUUAGAACACAGUUACAAGAUCACCUGCUUAAUCCUUUGGUCACAGUUCUUGUGUGAGCGUGUGCGUGCGUGCAUCUGUGUGCGUGUGAGCCGAAUGGUAACAUUUAAUUGCUUUAUGGACCAUUGAAUUGUUGGGCAUAGGAGUUUUGUAAUUAGCACGAGACAGUUCCUAAACUGUCAGAUUAACUAACUUUGACCAGUCUUUUGCAAGGACUCUGAAGGAUGUGACUUUGGGCUAACUCCCCAGGGGACCAUAUUAAAUG